GCCUUGCUUCAUUUUUGUUGGCGGAAUUUGACCGGAAGUCCGUCCUCCUGUCGACCAUUUGACGUGUGCAGUCUCCGCCCUAAGACUUCCUCUUUUACUGUGGCUGGGCGAAAGGCACCAUGAAGGCGUCCGGCACUCUCAGAGAGUACAAGGUCAUCGGGCGUCUGCUGCCCUCUGCCAAGAACCCGUCCCCCCCUCUGUACCGCAUGAGGAUCUUUGCCCCCAACCAUGUGGUGGCCAAGUCUCGUUUCUGGUACUUUGUGUCCCAAUUGAGGAAGAUGAAGAAGGCGUCAGGCGAGACUGUUUACUGUGGACUGGUCCACGAGAAGACCCCUCUGAAGGUGAAGAACUUUGGAAUCUGGCUGCGUUACGACUCUCGUAGUGGCACUCACAACAUGUACAGAGAGUACCGUGACCUCACCACCUCUGGAGCUGUCACACAGUGCUAUCGGGAUAUGGGAGCUCGCCAUCGUGCCCGCGCCCACUCCAUCCAGAUCAUGAAAGUGCAGGUCAUUGCUGCCAACAAGUGUCGCAGACCGGCCAUCAAGCAGUUCCACGAUUCAAAGAUCAAAUUCCCACUGCCUCACCGGGUCCUGCGCCGCCAGCACAAGCCGCGCUUCACCACCAAGAGACCAAACACCUUCUUCUAAACGUGUGGCCCAAAUAAAGUUAUCUUGUGGAAUGAAA